GGCGAGACUUUAGGUUGAGGGUGAAGGACUUUUCACAGGACUUUAGGUAAAGUGGACAUUUUCUGGAUCUUUGCCAGCCCUCCAAAAAUUAGAUAACAUAUACGAAUCAAAUGCUAUUACAUCAAUAAUGAAUAAAAUUCGUGCUGAUCAUAAUUUAGAAAUACCAUUCUUACCAACAAACCGGAUAUUUCAUUCAAGUUGCUCGAAGCAGAGCAAAAUGUUAUUUAGUGAUUUUGAAAAAUAUCUUAUAGAACAUUAUAAAGAUCAGUGGACAAAACAGUAUAGUCGAAUUUUAGUAUCGAUGAAACCUCAACAGCUUGAAUUCGAUAUACUCGGUUUCGCAUUUGAACAUACAGAAGCACAACGUUGUAUUAUUGAAUCUCCUAAUAUUGAACCAGUUAAUACGACAUCAUGUAAAUACCUGGGAUCAUUCAAAGCCAAUACCAUUAUUUGUGGUGAAGUCACAACAUCUACUCUCACCUUCAACAGCAAUGAUUUAUUAUUAUUGGAAAAGAAUAUUUCUUCUAACUCAUCUAAUCCACAAAGAGCACAAGCAACAUUCAAGCUUUUAAAUAAACUUAUCCAACUUGAACGUUGUGUGGCUUUCAUUCUAAACUAUUACAAAAAUGUGACACUUGAACAGAUAAUAGCUGUUUUAUUUGGUCGGUUUGUCGAUAAUCAACAUCAUCGAGCACCUGAACAUCUAUAUGAUAUGGUUUUCAAGUCUUCUUUCUCGUCAAAAAUUCCUCUAUUAUAUAAACUAUAUUUACGUGAUCGUGAUGAUAAAAUAAAACAAAUUUAUUUCAUAUGCUAA